AUGGCGGGAGUCAUAGUCGGGAUAGGUGCCUAUGGACAGCGCUACCGCCACCAUCCCUUCACUCGUUUCAUCUUCCUUGGAGCCACCACUUUGUUCCUACCUGUCAUUUCCUCGCUCGUCUCCCUCAGUGCUGGAGAAAACACCUUCACGGACUUGAACACAGCAGCGUCCUGGUUCGCAACUUGCACUCCAGAGUGGCACUCGUUCCUGGUUAUAAUAUGGGCAUUUCUUGUUCAUAUUGUCAUGAUCAAUACCAGCAUAGUAGUCUCUGUUGAUGAUCGAGAAGGUCGAAACGUAGGUCCUCCUUUGCAACUGAUUGCUCAGGGGGUCUGGAUCCUUUACCUUGGUAUCAUCUACCUCGUCAAUAAUGCAGGCAGACAGGCUGAACUUAUUUCCCUUGAAGUAAUACCUUUUGUUCUCAUUUCUGCCAAAAUAUUAUUCAAAUAUUAUGCAUUUGAAAAGGCACGGAAAUCUUUUGCACUUGGGAAAAAUCCUCGUCUUAUUUUUCGGUACAUGCAACAACUAUCACAUAAUAAACAAAGCCAACACCAUAGUGAAGAACCAACGGUAAGCGAGGAUGCACAUGCACCUCCCCCACUAUUGGUUAUGGGAGAAGAGAAAAGACGCAUGGACAAGCAUCCUCAUGGGUAUAUGUUCAAGAACCCAGUGUUGCAGCAAAGCAUUGGCUUGGUGACUAUUGAUAGAGUUUGGCAGUCGGAUGGCAAACUUCUGGUUCCAAUACCUCAAAGACUGAAAGACUUAUGCUUGUCUUUUGCAUUGUUCAAGUUGCUGCGUUGUCGAUUUGCAAGGUAUGAGCACCAUAAUAUUGGCUCCGGGGACACCAUCGAUUUUUUCUGGAGCUUCUUGUUGAAGGACGGCGAGUUUGACAGUGACAGUGUAUUCCGCGUACUUGCAGAUGAGCUUUCUUUUGUUCAUGAUUACUAUUACUCAUCCCUCCCAAUCUCUUAUUCAAGUUAUUGGCUUCCCAUAGUUGGCAUAUUUAUCUCAUUCUUGAGCAUAGGUUACUGCAUCUUGCUUGCAGUGUGGAUCCAAUCCAAUAACUUACUGCAAAACAUUCCUCAGUUUGUCUGUUCCAUCCGUUGUGUUAAUAACUUAUACCAUGGAUAUGGUGACUCAUAUUGGUAUGGAAACUUAUACUACGAUUUGGUGCCAAUGCUUUUGAUUAUUGUGGUAGUCGUGACAGCUGAGGCGAGGGACUUGCUUUCCUAUGCCUGCUCCAACUGGACCAAAGUAGUCCUCGUUUGCCGUCUUCUAAACAGUGCCUCUCUGCAGCGUUCUCUUUGCAUGCAGCAAUGGUUUGCCCGUUUGUUCCGAUGCAGAUGCAACCUGAUGAAGCACUGGAGUGGAAAAAUGGGUCAAUGCUCUUUGCUUGUUCUUUCCCCAAGAACUACAGUGCUCGUACGUCUCAGGCGUCUCCUCCAUCUGCCAGAUCAGAAGACGAAGAUUAAGGUACCAUCAGCUGUGAAGGCUUCUAUAGUUGAUGCACUAAGAAGGAGUAGAAAUGGACAACUGAGCAAUGGAAAAGUAUCUCUCCGGCGUUGGAGUGAAGUUGGUGAAACUUUCCUAUGGGCCUGCAACAGCAAUAGUGCCUCCAAUGUUAUACUUACAUGGCACAUCGCCACAAGCAUCCUUGAGGUGAGGAACCCAUGCAAACAUGACCAGCAGCAAAGUUCACCUAUUUCAGACCAUAAGAUUGCUGCCACUCAUAUAUCACGGUACUGCACAUACCUUGUGACAUGGUGCCCUGAGUUGCUCCCUGACGAUGUUGCAUGGAGCAAGAGCAUGUACGAGGCUAUCAAGAAGGAUGCAGAGCAUGCCCUCACUAAGCAUUCUGCAACCGGGUCAUCGGUGUCGGAGUAUGAGUAUCACCAGCUAGUCGAACUCUUGAGUUCCAACUCAAAUCAUGAAGUGGUCAAGAAUGGCGUGAAGCUUGCACAACAGGUGGUGGAGGCAAUCGAUGAUGAGCAGACGGCAUGGGAGCUGCUGGCUGGCUUUUGGUCAGAGAUGAUCUUGUACGUCGCUCCGUCUGACAAUCUGAAAGGGCACUCGGAGGCCAUAGCUCGCGGUGGCGAGCUGAUAACGCUCCUCUGGGCAUUGCUCAACCAUGCCCGGAUAGUCAGCAGGCCCACCGAUGCCGCAAGCGCUGGUACCGAUGAUGACUUGCCUAGUGACGGCACCAGCAGCCCGCCUGCUGCUACUUAUUAA